AGGAGUGUUGAACGAGAGAGACAGAGAGAGGAGAGACAGAGACAGAGACAGACAGACAAACAAGAGAGAGAGGAGAAACAGAGACAGACUGACAGAGAAACGAGAGAGAGAGAGAGAGAGAGAGAGAGAGAGAGAGAGAGAGAGAGAGAGAGAGAGAGAGAGAGAGAGCAAGAGACAGACAGACAGACAGACAGACAGACAGACAGACAGACAGACAGACAGACAGACAGACAGACAGACAGACAGACAGAGAAGCAGGGACGGAACAAGACUCUCAAGCACACAGGCUGGCCGUGCAUUGCAGCAGAAACUGGGAGAAGUUUUGGAAGGUAUAAUCAUACAAAACAACAGGACAGCAAUAACUACACAACUAUGCAUGGUUGUUCAAAUGCUCAAUAGAAGACAGAACAGCAAAACAGGAACUUUAUCAUCGCCGAGGUAUGGAGGAUUCCAGCCUGAUCAGAUGUGACAGUCUGAACUCUCGGUCGGUGUUUGGCAAGGAGGCGAUGACCCCUGUUGCCCGGGUGACACUUGAAGCUGUGGGCUCGCAGCCGGUAGCAAAUCCUGAGCCAUCACCAGCAGAGCUGGCCCAGUGCGAGGCUGAGGUUGGCACCCUGCUGAGCAUCAUUGCUGAACUGAACAAGAAAAUGGGGACACUAAAGGCACCGAGUGAACCAGAAGACUUUCAUCUACCAGAUCCGUACACAUCUCCGGGUCCUGACCCUGUGACACUUGGGCUAGUCAGGUGCAGCCCGGAGAGGAAGACUGCUGCUGACACCACCUCUAAACUUCCAGUCACCAACAGAGGUGGAAGUGGUGAGGUGUGGUCAAAACUCCAGGAGGUUCUCUCAGCAGUGGAGGACUCCAUCAGUUUCAGGAGGUCUUGGGCUGUCCCCGUCACCGUCUCUGAUCACGGCAAACAGAGAGAACAUCUGGCAGCAGCACAGCAGAGCUGGGUUCAAGCCUCUCAGAUACUGGCAGAGAUAGAAAGAGAGUUUGGGAUUUCGUGCCCAUCGGCUUUGCCAACUGAGGAGCGUUACAAGUACCAGAGGGACAUCAUGGGUCUGCAGAAGCGAAACUGUGCUCUCAGAACCACCCUGAAAAGCUGCCAGGAAGAGCUAAACGGCGCAAAGGAUGCCUUGAAUCAUACGGAAGAAGAGAGGCAUAAACUACAGGAGAUGUUGGUGGAUGCUGAAAAGGCGUGGCGGUCAUGCAGUCCCUCCCCACCCUACAGCACCAAAGGCACUGCCAGCGGUGGAGCUGUGAGACCAGACUGGUCCUCUCCUCCGUUUCCCAGUUCUCCACUGCUCUUCAGAAAACCCAAAACCCCUUCUGACAGGGACGUCUCUCCAUUGGCGUCCCCUGGCUCAGAAAGAGCCUCGCUGGGCAGCUGUUGUCCAAGCCCCUUUGUCAGCACCGGAAGCGAGACAGAAAGAUUGCAAAGGUGCAUGGAGAAGCUGAAGGCUAGGAACGAGCGUCUGACUGCAGCUCUUGAGCACAGGAAGGGGGAGUUAGAGCAAAUCAGCCUGACCCUGAGCAGACAUGAGGCUGAUAGAUCUGCCCUGCAGAUGGCUCUCAGAUAUUGCGAGGAGUGUGAGGAGGCCUACAGUCAGCUUCUGUUGCUUUAUGAGGCUAAGAAUCAGCAAGGCAUUCCAGUCUGGACAGAUUCAGCAGAGCAGGUAAAUGACAGGCAGCAACAUGGCAGUCCAAAGUCCUGGCACAGGAGCCCAGGAACAGAAGAGCUGUCAACUUCCUUCUCAACAGCAGAUGGUGCAGAGGAGACUGAAACGCACAGCCACACAAGGCAUGGGGAGUCUGACUUGGAAGAGAGGGAGACUGCUCUUCACCAGCAAAUUGAACGCCUGAAGAGAGACCGGGCAGCCAUUUGUAUCCCUAAACCUGGCCCUGGAGGAAAGGGCAAACUGAGCCCUGACCCUGCUACCCUGAAUGGAGGAGGGGCAGGACAUGGGGCUAAAGACACACCCAACCCUUCUGAUAUCCAGAAAGAGAAGGCCGCCCUGCUCCAUAAGCUUAUCACUGUCAAGGAGGAAAUGUCGGAGCUGCGAGGUCUGAUCCGUCUCACAGAGAGAGAAUGGAGGUAUCUUGACCGGAGUUUGAUGGCUCAGAAGGCCAAGGACGCAGCUGGAGCGCUCAUCUCGGAAAGCCUCAGAGAGGAGCAGGAGGAGCGCAAGACUGCACAACAGAAGCUGGCUGAGGAUGUAGUUAAGAUGGCUAGCGAAGGAGACAUCCCCGGCCCUCGGAGUAUAACCAUUCUGAGAGAGCUGCGGGCCAUCCUGCAGAGAGAACAAGCUCUGAAGAGGAGGCUGUCCGCUGUACAUGAUGCCUUGGAAACCGCUCUUUCAGACAGCGCAUCCUGCAAGAGCGAUGAGUACAUGGUCCAGCUCGCAAAAGUUCACGGCAAAUCCAGGGUUUCGGACCAUGAUGCUCGCAGGAAGUACCGGGAGCAUGGUUGGAGGCUGGAGCAGAAGUGGACAGCCAUGUCAGAAAAUCACCAGAGCCAGAUUGGGGCACUGAGGGCCACAGUAGAGGCCUCUGAGCGGUCACAGGAAGAGACUGUUCUGUGAUUUCAUGAUUAAAAGUUGUUUUUAUCACGUUCCAGCCUUCUGCAACAUCCAGCUUUGAGUCAUCCCAUCUACCAGUCUACAUCUUUGCUGAAUCCAUACUGCUGAUACGCAUUGUAAUGGCCUGCAAGAUGGCUCAGUGCUAAUGACUGCAUUGUCACAGUCUAUUUUUGUAUUGUCAUCCUUUUUAAGUGUGUUUUUAAUUCUCCAAACCUAUUGGCUGACCUAUCAACCUUGACUGACUGACCAACCUACCUACCUACUGCUUACAUUUUCCUUUGGCAGCAAACCAAUAGGUAAAAGUGAAUUGGAAUAAAGAAGAUGCUUAUGGUUGCGCUUUCCAGUCCUUUUAAUGUGAAUAGCACACGGCUUGAGCCCAAACUAAUAAAUAGAAAAGGAGUCGGAAGCACAUCUCAUCACAGGUGGACACGCUGCCACCUCAUCACUCAGAGAUAUUGCUUUCAGGUAUUUAUGAAUAGCUAGACUGACUCAAGGAGGGAAUGUACUCAGGACUUCAGGAGUGACCUCGGGAGUGCACAUGUCCUUUUUCCGAGCCAUUCUCUGCUACUCUGUUGUGACAACGUUCAGUGAAGGGGGAUGGGGCCGGGACAAUGGCUGGCGUGCACACAAAAAUCGACAGCUUGCCCAUUUGUCUUUUUGCCACUUCGCAAUUCUCCAUCUUUCUUGUUCCCUCCCUUUAUAUCGCUCUUCUUUCUCACACGCAGCCUCUCUGACUCUCUCGCCAUCUCUCAUAUCAUAUGACCCUCUCUUCACAUAUCCGUCAGCCAUGUGCCCAACGCUUCAUCUUUAUCCUCAUUUCCUCGCUUUCAAUUUCUCCCUCUCCACCCUUAUCUCUCAAUAAUCUCUAUCCUUUUCUCCCUCCUUACCCCCCUCCAUUCUGAACGAUGCUAGUUGAUCAGCUGCAGCUGUGACCAGCGGUCAGGAGGUUAAGGCAAAGGUUGAGUGUCACACCCACAGGGUCACAGCGAUGCCUGGCUGUUGUGUUGGCCAGUGAAUGGAGGGUUCAGGAGGCCAGACGAUGUGGUGAGUCCCUGAUGCCCUGACUCUUGCGGAGCUUGCCCUUUCCCGAGCAAGGGUCAUCGGGUAGGGCUCGGGCCCUCCCCAGCUCCAGGUCACCGUCAGUAUUGUAAAUAACUGCCAUUUGACCAGAUGAUAAAAUUAUCAUUCAUUUUGCUCUCUCUCUCUCUGUCUCCCCCGCCAAUGUUUGCCCUUUCUGCGGGGUAAUAGAAACCAUUUUUACAGUGCGGACGAUUUGAAAACCUGUUUGUUGUUAUAAAUACUCUGUUUGAACCACUCAAUGAGACAUUCUCUGAAACUGUUCUUCGUUUUAUGAGCUGGAUCACAGUUAGAUGAAUAAGUCUGUAUAUCAGCAGUCGGACUGGAAUGUAAACUAAA